AUGCGCGACGCGAACGGUUCCAGGUCAGACCCCAUGGUUUUACAGCUCAGUUACAAGGAGCCUCCGUUCACUCCCAGGUGCCUUGUGUACACCGGGAAGUUUUCUUGGCGUAACUACGCUAUCGACGAGAUGCUUACUGUCAUCGUUCCCGCCACAUUCAAUGGAGGCGAUCCCAUUUGCGUGUAUUGGCAAUGGAUGGAGGAUGCUGACGGCCGGAAAAAGAUUAACCGCGACCGUGUGGGUACUCUCGAUGUCACGGCGGGUCCCUUUACCGGCGAUGCGCAGACUCUCGGGAUACCGGUGACCUUCUACAGGUUCGAUGGGGAGGUGGAUCGGACCAGAGAUAGGAUUACCUUGACAAUGAGCGGUCACCAUGACGAGAAAUCCGAACACAUAACUUUGCAGCUGGCCAAUGACCUCCUGCAGAAGAAAAAGGCACUCAUUAUCCGUUACGAUGUCGGCGUCGAUGAAGGCAUUCACAGGGUUCGUGACAUGCUCGUCGACACUCUCGGUUUUGGCAUCAGCAAUGUCGAGAUGUUAUAUUAUGAUGCUGAGCCUAAGGAUCGCCCGAGACUGACCAAGAGAGGCCAGGAAGCGCCGACAGCUGAGCAGUUCAAGAGCAAGUUCACUGCACUACUCAAAGACACCAAGCCUGGCGACAUCCGUUUCUUAUAUGUCGAUGCUCACGGUGUUCCCCUGUAUGGGAAUGACGAGAAUGAACGUGGGCGCGAUGAAUCUUGGAAGUUUGCGGAGACAGAGGAUGGUCAGAACGCAGAGCUUGUUCAUGACGACUGGAUUGCGGACACCGUCCAGCAGAACCUGCAUCAGAGUGCGAAUCUGACAAUGCUUUGCACCGCUUGUUUCGGUGGCGGUAUGCUCGACCUUCGCAGACGCUCAUCUGGCAUCCUCCUAUCAGCAUGCUUCGACACUCAAAUCAACGUUAAGGCUGUCAAGGUCGGAGACGUUAGGGAUCCAUGGACCUUGGCCAUCCUUGAUUACAUUGACAAGAGGGAGAAGAAGAAGAAGAGGAUGGCCUCGUACAACAUGCUGUUCGCUGAAGCGAGGCUGCGGGUCAGGUCGAUGAUGGAUUCUGGGCUGCUUACCUCCUCGUACCUGGGACCUAGCCCGGAUCCACGCAAUCCGAUAGCCUGGCAGGAGGGGCGGCCCAUGCAGGGACAUCAAGACCCGCAGCUCGUGUUUAAUGGCUGGUACGUUGAUGUCAAUACGGCGCGUUUCUUGGAGCCUUUCCAGCCGGCUCUGUCCCGACCGCAGGAUGCAGGACGCAACCGCUAUCCCCGCGAUGAGCUCUGA